AUGUUCCGCAGAACGAAUGAUAUUUUCCGAAAAACCGUACAGAAUUUCAGUUCCCAAAAGCAUGCUUGCUUUGGAGGGACAGUAUUUGCUGCAGCAGCUGUAGCCCUCAGUGAUGAUGAACUUAAAAAGCAACCUUCAUGGUAUCAAACAGCUGUGCGUAAACUCUCAUUUGCAAUAAAAUAUACGAAUCGGAAAGGCUAUUUAGACGAUGUAAUAUUGCUAGAGAAUAUUCGUGAAAAACUUUCGCCAUAUUCGGACUCAACGAAUACCGAUAUACUGUGGCGGUAUGCUCGAGUAUUACUUGAAAUUGCUAUAUGGACUUCAAGUGCAGACAAGAAUCGAAUGGCAAUAUUCCUCGAGGCUGAGAAAAUUGGUAAAAAGGCGAUUGACAAUGAAAGUCCACAGAGUCCAAAUGCUAAUGCACAUAAGUGGUACGGAAUAACUUUGGUAAAACUAAUGGAUUUCCGUUCGGAUAAAAAAAUUGAUGAAGCACGAAAACAUUUGGAAAAAGCGGUUGAAUUAGACCCGAAAGAUGUAAGAUCAUGGCAGUAUCUUGGUGUUGUACAAUAUAUGCAGAAAGAUUACAAGCUUGCAUUGGAAAGCCAUCAGAAAGCGGAAUCAAUAGAACCUGGUUUCUCAAACGAAAACGUAUUAUGGCUUGGGAAAACAGAACUUGCAUUAGGACGGAAAAAUGAUGCAUGCGAAAGUUUCAAGAAAGCAAAAAUUCUGACUCCCCGCUACAGGAAUGAAUUUAAGGCUGGAAUGCAAGCUCGCGAAUUCUUGUUGAAAAAAUGCGGAGUACGUACGGAGGAUGUUCCAGAUUCGGCUUGUCCAUAUUGA